AUGACUCUGACUGGUUUUGCCACGGGCCAGAAUCUCGGUUCCAAACGCAGCCCAGGUGUUGCCCGAGCUCCCAGCGACAUCACGGUAGCUCAGCGCAUGCUCAGCGCUUGUCUGGGCUCGGUGGUGACGUCACUCAUCUUGACUCCAUUUGACGUUGUCAGAAUACGAAUUCAACAGCAGGAAAUUUUGCCUAGCAACCCCUGCUGUUCUAAGCAUUUUCCACAAGAUUUAGGCCGUAAAACCACCGUACAACUGCCGGUAGAACCUUUUUGGAUCCAGAAACAUUAUUGCGAGGCACCUGAAAGUUGUAGCAGAGUGACGUCUACAUUCCAAGGUUUCCAAGUAAUUAGCAAGAACGAAGGCAUUGCCACCCUCUGGCGUGGAUUAUCGUUGACGCUCUUCAUAGCUGUGCCGGCAAAUAUCAUAUAUUUUACCGGAUAUGAGUAUAUCCGAGACCAUUCUCCCAUUGCAUCAAACACAUUAAACCCAUUGGUUUGCGGCUCAUUGGCACGAUUAAUGGCAGCCACCAGCGUUGCGCCGGUGGAAUUGCUCAAAACAAGGCUCCAGGCGAUUCCCACAGAUGCAAAUAACACCAAAAUGUUGACCAAUUUGGUGCGAGAUCUGUUGCUGGAGGUGAAGCAACGGGGCCUUGGAACGCUUUUCACCGGUCUUCAAAUAACCCUUUGGAGAGACGUUCCGUUCUCGGGCAUAUACUGGCUGUGUUACGAGUCAUUCAAGACCAGAUACAAGAAAUUGCUUCAAAAUAUUGCUCCGGAACUGCUGCAAUUUGCCGACUGGAAAGUGUUCACUUCGAGCUUUCUUUCGGGCUCCACCGCGGGACUUAUUGCUGCCCUUCUCACCCAUCCCUUUGAUGUAGGAAAGACUAGAAUGCAAAUCACCGGCGACCAUAUUCAAAAGCCUGGUGAACCAUACAAAAAGAAGCCUUCGAUGUUCUCCUACUUGUACAAAAUUGGCAAGAACGAAGGAAUGGGCGCUUUGUACAGCGGAUUGGGCCCCAGAGCACUCAAGAUAGCUCCGUCAUGUGCCAUAAUGAUAUCGUCCUACGAAAUUACGAAGCAUUUUUUCCUGAAUUUGUGA